AUGGCAGGCGCUGGUGAGCGCAAAGGCAAGAAGGAUGACAAUGGCAUUGGCACGGCCAUUGACUUUGUGCUCUCCAAUGCCCGGCUGGUGCUGGGGGUGGGUGGAGCGGCCAUGCUGGGCAUCGCCACGCUGGCAGUUAAGCGGAUGUACGAUCGGGCGAUCAGUGCCCCUACCAGCCCCACCCGCCUGAGCCAUUCAGGGAAAAGGAGCUGGGAAGAACCAAACUGGAUGGGCUCCCCCCGACUGCUGAACAGGGACAUGAAGACGGGGCUGAGCCGGUCUUUGCAGACCCUUCCCACAGACUCCUCUACCUUCGACACAGAUACAUUCUGCCUGCCCCGGCCCAAGCCAGUGGCCAGGAAGGGCCAGGUAGACUUGAAGAAGUCACGACUCCGCAUGUCCCUGCAGGAGAAACUUCUUACUUACUACCGGAACCGGGCAGCCAUCCCUGCUGGAGAGCAGGCUCGGGCCAAGCAAGCUGCUGUGGACAUAUGUGCCGAGCUCCGGAGCUUCCUGCGGGCCAAGUUGCCUGACAUGCCGCUUCGGGACAUGUACUUGAGUGGCAGCCUCUAUGAUGACCUGCAGGUGGUGACAGCUGACCACAUCCAACUCAUUGUGCCCCUUGUGCUGGAGCAGAACCUGUGGUCAUGUAUUCCUGGUGAAGACACCAUCAUGAAUGUCCCUGGCUUCUUCCUGGUGCGUCGUGAGAAUCCAGAGUACUUUCCUCGUGGGAGCAGUUACUGGGACCGCUGUGUAGUAGGGGGCUACCUCUCUCCAAAGACAGUCGCAGAUACAUUUGAGAAGGUAGUGGCUGGCUCCAUCAAUUGGCCAGCCAUAGGGUCCCUCUUGGACUAUGUGAUCCGCCCGGCCCCACCCCCAGAAGCCCUCACACUGGAGGUGCAGUAUGAGCGUGGCAAACAUCUCUUCAUUGACUUCCUGCCAUCAGUGACCCUCGGUGACACAGUCUUGGUGGCCAAACCACACCGGCUAGCCCAGUAUGAUAACCUGUGGCGGCUGAGCCUGCGUCCCGCGGAGACAGCACGCCUGCGGGCUCUGGACCAGGCUGACUCGGGCUGCCGAUCUCUGUGCCUCAAGAUCCUCAAGGCCAUAUGCAAGUCCACUCCGGCUCUGGGCCACCUCACUGCCAGCCAGCUAACCAAUGUCAUCCUCCACUUGGCCCAGGAGGAGGCUGACUGGUCUCCGGAUAUGCUGGCCGACCGUUUCCUGCAGGCCCUGAGGGGACUUAUCAGCUACUUAGAGGCUGGAGUCCUGCCCAGUGCCCUAAACCCCAAGGACAAGGCCUUGAAGGGACACAGCCUUAGCCAUCAGUUGAGGAUGAGGGAGGUAGACAGUCGACUGAAUGUCAGCUGGAAAAUCCAGUCACUAGUUGGGGUUUGGUGGCCAUGUUUUCUCCCCAGACAGGCCCUGCUUUUCUCGGAUGUGGCCUUAGAGCAAGAACAGACCCAACAGCCAGCCCUUCAUCCUCCAGUGUCUGCCAUAGGAACAUGAGAGGGGUAUUUGCUGAGCGCUCCGGGCACGGCCAGAGGGCAAGUGAGCAUGCACAGACCUCUUUCCCCCUGUCCUGUUUCUCACCCAGCACCUGGGGAGAUCGGUGCUACCAAGGAAGAGAGCACACAGAUAAGACAGAGGGGAGGAGGUGGGCAUUUCCUAUGUUCCUCCUUGUUUCCCGCUGCUGAGAUUGCAGUAUUUAUUGCAAUGUGAAUGUAUCCUGAAGGUGGGGAGGAAUGUUUAAGCUGCCAUGUCUGUGUGUCGUCUUGGUUUGUGUUUUUCCCUGUUUGUAGCAAGACUGAUGAUAAUUCUGUUUCUCAUCGGCCCAUUCAGUAUUUUGUUUUCCUCCCGUCAAGUUGUCUUAUUUUUUCGAUGACUACCUCUCCAUCAGUGAGGUUCUGGUGAAGCUCUCUGCAGCUGUCUCAUUCCUUCCCAACCAUAGUAACGGGAAAUGACUCUUUAGCAUUGAUACCUCAGCAUCAAUUUAGGGUAGAGAUUCCUGCCCCUCUUUUGUCACAGAUUAGGAAAUUGAGAACUAGGGUUAACCUUGACUAUAUUUAGAAGUCUUUUUGCCUCUUUUCCCCUUAACAAGGAUUUCUUAUGGUAGUUUCAGUUUCAUUUGCAUAAAGGUACUGAGAGGGAACAAAAAACAUAAAGCUGAGAAUCUUGAGAGAGCUUAUCUACCCUGUCUGUUGGUCAGACUCAAAUGAGAGUUUAAAAAAAAAAAAUCUGUAUGCCUGAGUACCAUCCUGGAUGAAUCUAGAAGGUAUGGGGUAGAGCCUGACAGGGUUCAAGUGUACCCAUUGGGUAUCUAUUAGAGGGAAGGGAGAGGAGAGGAUUGAUAGAGUGUUGCAAAAGUAUAGAUUAUUCAUUGAGAUAAAGGAUUUGGUUUCCCUGCCAUGAGUAUUAAAAAAAUUUAAGUUUUCCCAGGCUUGCGUCUCUGACCAAAUUUCACAUAAAACAUUGGAAGGAGGCUGGGUGCGGUGGCUCAUACUUGUAAUCCCAGCACUGGGAGGCUAAGGCGGGUGGAUCACUUGAGGUCAGGAGUUCGAGACCAGCCUGGCCAACAUGGCGAAACCCCGUCUCUACCAAAAAGACAAAAAUAAGCGGGGCAUGGUGGCAGGCGCCUAUAAUCCCAGCUACUCGGGAGGCUGAGGCAGGAGAAUCACUUAAACCCGGGAAGUGGAGGUUACAGUGAGCUGAGAUCAUGCCGUUGCACUCCAGCCUGGGUGACAGAGUGAGACCCUGUUUCAAAAAAAUAAAAAUUGGAAGGAGAGCUUAAAAAGGAUAAGAUUUUAAAGAGUCCCAAGUUAUUUGAGUGUAAUUGUCAUUUAAGGAAGGCAAAUGAGUUUAUCAUCCUUCUUAAAGAGCAUCUCUUUUAACUGUUUGACAAAACCAUAACUUUGUCAUUUUACAAGCAAGAACCUCUUAAGAAGUCCUCGGAACUAGCAGCAGUGUGAACUCUCAGCCCUGGUCCUGGUGGGAUUGCUGGCCAUGACUGGGCAAGCCAUUCUUUUUGCUGCCAUCUUCCUCAUCAUAAAGUAUGGAACAUAGGCAGUUGCUAUUGAGAUUCUUGGAUAGAAGAGGACAACAUUCUGCACCUGCCCCCUUUUUUAAAUGUUUGGGGAAAGAUGAGUAACUUUCCCGGCUACUCUGCCUUCCUGUUCAGUAACUCUUAACUUUUGCCUGAAGUAAUAGCAUCUUCUACUUCUCCAUCUAGAGAUUUUUGUGUGUGUGCCAUCAAGGUUAGCAAACUUUAUACUUAGCCUGACACUUAAAAAAUGCACUCAUUAUCUUAAACCUAAUAAAUUCGAGAGUUUAUUUUGGUUCUCCUCUGUUGACCUUCCUAAAAAAUGAGUUCAAGAUGACAGUAUUUUUCUUUACAUGCUUGGUUGUGACUUUUAAAGUUUUAUUUAAAUAAAUGUUGAAGCUCAAGUUUAAAGAAGUGUUGCAGAGGCCCACGGUCUCCUGGGUCUCGGCCACCUGUCCGUAUUCCACAUUCGCUGACUCUGCUCCCUGCACUCCACUCAAGUUGAGAGUUCAAAUAGUCUUGAAGGGGAAUCAGCUUCAGGAUGGAAGGACCCAGGAGAGGCCCCGAGGGGGCGUUCUGUAAAUACAGACUACUGCGAGUGUGCAGAGCUCUCUGCCAUGAUACUUCCUUGGGACUGACUUGGCUGAGAACGUGUUCUGUCAGAGGAUUUGUUAGAACUCUGCCCUUUUGUCUGCAACUCAAGGCCAAGGAGAAUGAUAGGAGACUUAGGAUAGAACUGACCCCUGCACCAGGCUGGGAGGCUGCAGCCCUUUUAGAUGCCACAUUCCGUAAGUGGCCAGAAUACCAGAGAGGUGGGUUCCAUGGUCAACUGCACACUAGGUGUUUACCUUACAUAUGGAUCACCUUGUAGUCUUUAAAUUCUUGGUCCCUGAGGCCAAGUCCACAACUUGCCUUCUAGUCACUUGCCUGCCCGUCAGUGGUGGUGGCUGUGUUAGCUGGUAGAUUUGGAAUCAGUCACCAGUCUUUCUGUACUGUCUUGGUUAGGUCUAUGUAAGUAGGGGCAGCUUAGCCCUGAGACCCAGAGACCUGCUAUCCUUUUUCUCCUUGAGGGAGGAAAUAAAACUGCAGAACACAGUGUCCUUCUAUAGCAUGGGAAGAAGAAAAUAAACAUCUCCUUUCCAACA